UCUGUGCCAGGUGCUUAUAAGAGCCCGCGUGGCUGCUGAGUUAACCAUCCUGGCAAGAGCAAAGCAGCUGCUGCUGAGAAUGCAAAGGCCAGCAAGGUUUGAAAGGGGGUUGUAGCGAGGUCGGGCCCGGGCUCUCCUCCCAGACACCCAGGCAUAGGAUAAGAGGACAAAGCCUCAUCUGCACCAGGGGAGUUUAAGGUUGGACAUCAGGUGGGUUUUCUAAAGAGAAAGGGUGAUAAGGCAUUGGAAUGCGCUGCCAAGGGGAAUGGUGGAGUCACCAUCGCUGGAAGUGCUUAAGGAAAGACUGAACAUGGCACUAAGUGCCAUGGUGUAGUUAACAAGGUAGUGUAAUUCAGAUGUAGGUUGGGCACGAUAAUCUUGGAAAUCUUUUCCGACAUAUGUUGGAAAACUACGUUGGAUCCUGUAAUCAAAGUAUUCCUUUACAGCUUUCUCCAGUAAGUCGUGUUAUGCCUCUUACAGGGUGCUGAAUGUGCCUCGUGGGUCUCAGGAGUUUUCUGUGCACGUGGUUUUGACAACGUCUAUAGCUUUAUUUAACUGUAGCAUCAUACUAGUAAGCUAGAUUCACACUGGUGUUCACACUGGAAUUUAGCUUAUUGUAGUCAAAACGCUUGAUUGAUGAUUGUUCAGGAAGGGGGUCCUCAGGCAGCAGCCCUCUGGAGCAGCUUCUCAAAGUGUUUUUCUUGGGUUAAAAAAAAAUGUUCAUGUGAUACUCAGAAGCAUGCCUUGCUUUGUGAUCUAAUGUAGUGGUUAGUUUUUCAUAAUGACAUUUCAUUUCAUUGUUUUGAUUCUUGCAGUUGCUUCUUCAGGGGGCUCAUCUCAAAGUAGAGCUUAAAAAAGCUUUGUGAGUAGUGGUAGAAAAUGUCACACAAAAGCUCUAAGGUAAUCAAGAAAGUAAACGUUUCUAGCUCCUUGGAAUCUGAGGAUAUCAGCUUGGAAACCACAGUACCAACAGAUGAUGUUUCUUCCUCUGAAGAGAGAGAAGGUACUGUAAAAAUCACUAAGCAGCUGAUUGAACGGAAGGAGUUGCUCCAUAAUCUUCAGCUGCUUAAAAUAGAAUUAUCACAAAAAAACUUGAUGAUUGACAACUUGAAAGUUGAAUAUUUGACCAAGAUUGAGGAGUUAGAGGAGAAGCUUAAUGAUGCAAUCCAUCAAAAGCAGCUGUUGUCCUUACGACUGGAUAGUCAGUUGGCAUUACAGCAAGAAGAUGCCAGGAAACAUCAGGCUCUAAUGAAGCAAGAAAUGGAAACUAUUUUGUUGAGACAGAAGCAACUGGAGGAAACAAAUCAUCAGUUGAGAGAGAGGGCUGGAGAUAUCCGUCGUAGCUUGCGAGACUUGGAAUUAACAGAUGAAUGCUAUGAGAAGCUGAAGUCUCUUCCUGAAGAUCAGCUUUCUAUCCCUGAAUAUGUUUCAGUCCAAUUCUAUGAAGUAGUCCAUUCCUUAAGAAGAGAGCUAAGUGAUCUACAGAUGAAAAAGGAGAGUCUAACAGAAGAGUUAAGUGGGUACAGAUCCCAACUGAAGAGUCUGACAGAGAGCUAUGAAGACGAGAGGAGGAGUAGGUCAGAGCUUGAGGUCAGAUGCCAACGUUUAACACUGGAACUGGCUGAUACCAAGCAGUUGAUUCAGCAAGGUGAUUACAGACAGCAGAACUAUGAUAAAGUAAAAUGUGAACGUGAUGUAUUUGAGCAUGAAUUGUCAGAACUCAGAAGAAACUAUGAAAUACUGGAAGUGUCAUACAAAACACAAACUAAAGAAAGAAAUGACUUAGCGAAAGAGCUGGCAACUGUACAACAAUCCCUCAACUUGUUGCAAAAAGAUAAAGACUAUCUUAAUCGCCAGAACAUGGAGCUUAGUGUUCGCUCUGCACAUGAAGAAGACCGUCUUGAAAGACUACAGAUUCAGCUAGAGGAUGCCAAAAAAGCUAGGGAAGAAAUGUAUGAAAAAUACGUUGCAUCCAGAGACCACUAUAAAGCAGAAUAUGAAAAGAGACUCCAUGAAGAGUUGGAACAAAUAAGGUUGAAAACAAAUCAAGAAAUUGAGCAAUUAAGAAGCACCUCAAAAGAGAUGUAUGAACGUGAAAACAGGUAUAGACAAAUGCAGCUUGGCACAGAAAGCAAAGUAGCUGAACUUCUUCACCAAAGUAAGUUAAAGUCCUUUGAAACUGAACAUGUUCAACUCAUGCAACAAGAAACAGCUAAGAAUCUUUCACAGUGCCAAAUGGAAUGUGAAAAAUACCAGAGGAAGCUGGAGGUACUUACAAAGGAAUUUUAUAGUCUUCAGUCUUCUAGCGAAACCCGCAUUAUUGAGCUGCAAACACAGAAUUCUGAGUUUCAAGCAAGAUUAGAUACUUAUGAAAAACUUGAAAAGGAGCUUGAUGAAAUAAUACUGCAGACAGCAGAAAUGGAAGAUGAAGCUGAAGCUGAAAGGGUUCUUUUCUCAUAUGGAUACGGUGCUAAUGUUCCUACAACAGCCAAAAGACGACUAAAGCAAAGUGUUCACUUGGCAAGAAGAUUACUGCAGCUAGAAAAGCAAAACUCAUUGCUUGUAAAAGAUCUGGAACAUCAGAAGGAACAAGUAAUACAGAUUUCACAAGAGCUUGACAGAGCAAAUUCUUUGUUGAACCAAGCACAACAGCCAUACAAAUACCUCAUUGAAACUGUGCAACAGAGAGAUUCUCAAAUAAGUCUACAGAAAGAACAUAUUACGCAACUUGAAAAAGAUGUCAGUCUUUUAAAUAAAGAAAAGACAGCUUUGCUGCGUGUCAAGAAUCAAAUGGCAGCAGAUUUGGAGAGACUUCUAAAUGACCGUGAGGAACUAGCGACAAUGAAGCAGAUUAUUAUUACUCUACAUGGUAAACACUGUGAACAAAAUCUACCUCUGUCUAAUAUUGGUGUAAAAAGUGCAACUGGAAAAAAAUCAAGCCCUUUGUUAAAACUGCUGUCAGAACAUGAAGAAGAAAAUAUAUUUACACCUAAGCCAACAUUAUUUACAAAUAAAGAGGCACCUGUAUGGUACAAGAAACUGCAGAAGAAAACAUCGCCAUAGCAUUUUUCCAAAAUUAUUCAAAAUAAUCCUUUGGGAUGCUUUUCAUUAGAGAAAGUUAUUUUCAUAAUAAUGAUGCCCAUUUUACUGUAAAAGCAAGCAACUGUUUUGGUUUUAAUUAUUUCUUUCUUAACUGUCAAAUAAUCUUAUGCUUCAUAAAAUAAUUUCUAGAUCUGUCAUGUGAAUAAAAUGUGUGAAAAUGAUGUAUGUAAUAAUUUUACUAACAUUUUUAUUAAUUUUAAAAGAUAAAUAAACACUAGUGUGUUGUACACAUUAUAAUCUGGGCAGUUAAAAGGUGUUAUUCAGAGUGUUCAAAUUAAUGCAUGUUUCAGUCUUUUUAUAUUGUUUUUCCUGUGUUUCAUACCACAUUCCUUACAACUAUUCCUUACAACUAUUCUUGCUAAUGGAAAUUUUAAAAAUAUACAUGCAUUAGUAUCAAACUAUAUCAUACUUUCUAUGAAGGAAAUUCGUGUCAGCUGGAAAAAAAUUCUUGCUGCCCUUGAUUGUAGUUCAUCAUUGAUGUCAUUUGUAUAACCAGAUAGGCAUUAAAAAUACUUUAAAGAUGCAAUAAAAUACAUCUUAAUUAUCA